AUGAUAGUAACUAAAACUUUUCCGAGCUUAAUUGCUCAACCGAAAAUUUGGUUUCACAGACAAUUAUUUACAAAACGAGAAGCUGCAAACAUAAAUAAAGAAUUGCAGAAAUCUGGAACCAUUCCAUAUGAAACCAUACCUGGCCCCAGUAAAUUAAAAGUUUUAAAGUACUUUUUGCCCGGUGGAAAAUUUCAUAACAAAUCACGAUACUAUAUAAGUAGAGCGUUAUAUGAUGAAUAUGGUGAAAUUUUCAAAAUUCCAGGUUCUUUUAAACAAAGGGAUCUUGUAUUUACAUAUAACCCAAAAUUUUUCGAGGAAGUUUAUCGCCAUGAUGGAGUAUGGCCAAGUCGAACAGCUCUUGAAACUUUAGCUUACUACAGACACAAAUUGAGACCAGAAAUUUUUGAAGAGACCGGAACGUUACUGGCAAGUAAUGGCGAAAAGUGGGGUAAGCUACGCAGCAUAGUAAAUCCAAUAAUGAUGCAACCAAGAACUGUACGGACCUAUGCACCAAAAAUCGAUAAAACAACAAUAAAAUACAUUGAAAGGAUUAGAAAAGUUCGUGAUCCAAAUACAUUAGAAUUACCUGACAACUUCAAAACAGAACUAAAUAAAUGGGCUUUGGAACAAAUUUGCUUAGUGGGUUUAGAUAGCGAAUUAGGAUUAAUUGAGAAUGAACAUAUUGAUAAUGAAGCACAGAAAUUGAUUCAGGCAGUAAAUACAAUAUUUGGAACUGUAGAGGACCUAGAACUUAAACCAUCGCUAUGGAAAUAUUAUGAAACACCCAAAUAUAAAAAAAUUAUUGAAGCUUAUGAUAUACUCACAGAUAUUUCUUUAAAAUAUAUUAACGACGCAACAGAACGUUAUAAAUCAAUUGAAAAAGAUGACAAACAAAAUGAAAACGAAAAAAGUAUUGUUGAACGUUUAAUUAAAAUCAAAAAAAAAAUGGCCGCCGUUGUUUCCAUUGAUAUGUUCUUUGCUGGUGUUGAUACAACAUGUACAGCCACUGCGGCAUGUAUGCUUGCAUUGGCAAAAAAUCCUGAAAAACAAGAAUUAUUACGACAAGAAAUUCGUAAAGCAUUACCAGAACGGAACACACCCAUAACAGAAGAGAAAUUAAAUAACUUACCAUACUUGCGUGCUACAAUUAAGGAAUCAAUUCGAAAGCACCCAGUUAUACAUGAAAUACCACGGACGACUAAUAUUAAUAUUGUUCUAGGAAAAUAUCAAAUUCCAAAGAAUACUGACAUUGUAUUGAAUACCACAUAUUAUUAUAAUGAUAGCAAUCAUUUUUCAGAUCCAGAUAAAUUUAUACCUGAACGUUGGCUAAGAAAUCAAGAUCAAACUAAUAUUAGUGUAUCUGGAUGUCCAGUAACUGCAACUAAACCAUCAAAUCCAUUUGUUUAUUUACCAUUUGGUUUUGGUAAUCGGAUGUGUGUUGGUAAACGUCUUGUUGAAAUGCAAUUAGAAAUUUUAUUAACACACUUGCUUUUAUCUGAAAUGUAG